UUGGGUGGAUAUCGAUAAGUAUAUACAGAAAUACGCCCACUUUUACUCGAAGAUAGGCCUGGUUUCUGAUCAUUCGAUGCAGUUCAUCUCAGGAAAGAUCGUGUGUAACAUUCGGCAGGAGAUGUUUCAAUAAAAUUUCGAUCUAUUGUGACGAUAUGGCAACGAGAUCGCAAUGGUUGUUGUUGACUUGGUUGGGAUUCUGCACGGCAUGGAUGGACGAAAGGCCUGUGCUAGAGUCUCGAGACGGAAAUCUGUUCAUUUCCGCGGCGAAGGACAGGAACAUCACCCUGAAGACUCUAGGGAAUGGUUACGUGAACGUGAACGAAAUUAAUUUGCUUCACGUUGCUAUCGCUGCGCAAAGCGCGACGCGUUUGAUCGAGAGAUGGAAAACCGGAUAUCUGGCGGACGUGGAAUCGAAUUUACAACGUUUGACACAAAUUGUAGAGGGUCCGGACGGUUUAGAGAAAAGAAUAGCUACGAUGAGAGGAUUUGAAGGGAACAGUACGCAAUCGGAAAUUCUUUCGAUGAAUCAAACUGCACUAAUGGUAAAUAUGAGGAUACGGAUGCUACUUCAUCGAAUGCUACAAGUGGAGAAUAAAGUAAAAUCUAUAGAAUGGAAACUGAGGAUAAAUGAAUGCGCUAGUAAUCCUUGUAUGAAUGGUGGAACGUGUUAUGAUCUUUACGAAGGAUACGAGUGCCACUGUCCAUCAAAUUGGGAGGGACCAAAUUGUAUGGUGGACGUAAACGAAUGCGUUCGAUUGCUAGGAACAGAUCUCGGAUGUCAAAAUGGAGCCACUUGUCGUAAUCUUCCAGGAUCGUACAAAUGUGAGUGCGCGGCAGGAUGGUACGGUCUCCAUUGCAAGAAAAAGUCUUCCGUUUGCAACACUCAAAAUUCCAACGAGCUUUGCGGCCACGGUGUAUGCGUGAGCAAGCUUGGAACACCGCUCGGUUACACCUGCAUUUGCGAUCAAGGAUGGCAGUCAGAAGGUACUAAUCCAGCUUGCAUCAAGGACGUGGACGAAUGCGCUGGAAAUCAUAGACCGUGCUCCGUGAAUCCCUGGGUUGCUUGUCGAAAUGCGCCUGGAACAUUCUUCUGCGAUUCCUGUCCUCGAGGCUACACAGGAAACGGGUACUAUUGCGCCGACGUAGACGAGUGUCAGGUGAACAACGGAGGCUGCAGCACGUCCCCUCUCGUCCAAUGCAUCAAUACCAUGGGUUCGAGAAUGUGCGGCGCCUGUCCCACGGGAUACCGUGGGGACGGUGUGACAUGUGUCUACGUAGGUAGUUGCGCGAUCAACAACGGAGGUUGCCAUCCAUUAGCCACGUGCGUCGAGAAUUCAGCACUUACGAGCGCCUACGUGAUCUGUCGAUGCCCACACGGCACAACGGGCGAUGGAAUCGGACCCAACGGUUGUCGAGCAUCGACCGAGGCGUCUCCCUGCUCCAGUAAUCCCUGCGUGCACGGCAAGUGUGCCGCCGUUUUGGGCACCUACUCUUGCACGUGCGAUCCUGGAUACACCGGGGCAACGUGCAACGUGAAAAUCGACCCGUGCUCCCCGAAUCCUUGCAAGAACAACGGUGUCUGCGCGAUUUCGAACGGCGUGGUGACCUGCGAUUGUCCGUCUACGUACACCGGCACCAGAUGCGAAACCCCGCGACAGACAUGCGGCGGUGUGUCGCGUAAUCCCGUGGGACAUCUCGAAUUCCCGAUAGGCGGGAACGUUUAUCAGCACGGGCUGAGCUGUGCCUGGGUUCUCAUCACAAACAGCUCCCUCGUGUUGAACGUCACGUUCACCCGCUUCAAUCUGGAGCACUCGACCGACUGCAAGUACGACUUUCUACAGAUACACGAUGGUAGGAACGCCGGCAGUCAGAUGAUCGGCAGAUUUUGCGGCCAAGAGUUCCCCUACGAGAAUAAAAAUAUAGUGUCCUCUCACAACUCUCUCUACUUUUGGUUCCACUCCGAUAACAGCGUGUCCUACGACGGAUUCGCGUUUGAAUGGAACAGCGUCAAGCCCAUUUGCGGAGGUAGUUUGACGAACGAUUACGGGACGAUCAGCUCCCCUGGAUCACCGGGAAGGUAUCCGCCGAACAGGGACUGUUAUUGGCAGAUUACCGUUAAAUCCGGAAAGAGAAUACAGAUCCAUUUCGGCCAAUUGAUGCUGGAGGAGCAUCCAACGUGCGGAGCCGAUUUCCUCGAGAUCAGCACUAUACACAGGGAACGAUUGGGACUUUACUGCAAUCACUCGCAUCCAGCUCCUCUCAUCGUACCCGCCUCCAGCGUCGUGAUCUAUUUCCACUCUGACAGUGCUGGCCAAGACUCAGGCUUCCAAAUUCACUACUCCGCCAUCCAAGGUCGUCCAGGUUGCAACGAAGUGUACACUUCUCCCACUGGUAUCAUAAGAAGCCCUACGUCCGCUGAGCAGUGGGAAGAUUUGGAAUGCGAAUGGAAGAUUCAAUUAUCCGUUGGAAAACGAAUACAAAUUUACUGGACCACGUUCGAGCUUUUGAAGAACAACUGUCAUAUGGAAUACGUCGAGAUUUACGACGGCGAAACGAGCGAAUCUCCAUUGAUACAACGAUACUGCGGUAAUUCGAUUCCACCCUCAAUCACAUCGAACUCGAACGUAUUGUUGAUAAUCUUCAAGUCGUACGCGUAUCAAAUAGGCGCAUUCUCACUUUCGUACAAAACGAUAUGCGGCAAGAUAUUCACCGACGUGUCAGGCGUCAUUCAAUCGCCUACGUAUCCCCUCUUGGAAAUUGCGAAGCAGGUGUGCACCUACGAGAUCAGGCAACCGCCGAACAGGAAAAUCGUGUUGAAAAUAUUAGACGUAGAUAUCAACAAUUCGUUGAAGAAAAAGUGCAUUUUCAAUUAUCUCGAUGUGUUCGAUGGACCGAACGAGAACUCCACCCGUCUCGCCAAUCUUUGCAAAACUACCGUUGACUUGACGUACUAUUCGACGCACAACGUAAUGACGCUUAAGUACUCGGGUGCAACGGGGAAACGCGGUUUCAUGGCGAAUUACACCACGACUGAGAUAGGAUGCGGAGGAUUGUUCACGGAGCGUAGCGGGACGAUUCAAUCACCGAGCAGCGAAGGCCGUUACAAAAACAAUGAAAACUGCAUCUGGACUGUACAAGCGCCGAUAGGACACGUGAUCCACCUUAGCUGGUUAUCCUUCAAUCUGGAAAGUAAUCGUAACUGCCUACACGACUACGUGAAGUUAUACGAAAGCUUCAUGUCGUCCAAUCAGCAGAUAAUAGGAACAUUCUGCGGCGCGAAACAUCCACCGACCAUAAUAUCACAAGUGAACGAUAUGACGUUGAUCUUUCAUUCCGACUCGUCGAUCAUUAACGAGGGAUUCAUCGCGUCGUACAUGUUCGUCGACGCGAGCAAAGUUUGCGGCGGUCAUUUCGUUAAACCGAUAGGUGUCAUCAAGUCGCCCAAUUAUCCCAAACGUUAUCCACGCGGGAAGGAAUGCGUGUGGGUGAUUGAAGCGGCGAACAAGCAAAGGGUGAUAAUCAACGUGGAAAAAUUCAUCCUGGAGAGACACGCGACUUGCGAUACGGACUAUUUGGAAAUCAGAAAUGGCGGCUACGAAACCUCUCCGUUAAUCGGCAAAUUCUGUGGAAUCGAUAUCCCCUCGGAGAUCAUAAGCCAGACAAAUCAAUUGUACCUGAAAUUCGUGAGCCGUUCGAGUUAUCCCGGAUUCAGCAUAAGAUGGGACAGCACGACAAUAGGAUGCGGUGGAGCUUUGACAGCCGCCCAAGGCGAUAUCAUAUCUCCGAAUUAUCCGAUGCCGUACAUGAAUCAGGCGGAAUGCUAUUGGAAGAUAGCCGUUGCCGAGGGCAGUUUGGUACGAUUGAUAAUACUGGACCUUGAAUUGGAGCAUCACAACAAGUGUAGAUACGACUACAUCGAGAUAUCGGAGGGGAUGAACCAUCGGAACAACGAAAGAUUUUGCGGCAAAUCUAACGCGAAAAUCAUUCAGACAACGUCCAACAUAGUGAACAUAAAAUUCCACAGUGAUUUUACGAAUUCCGGCCGCGGUUUUCAUCUCAAGUACGAAACACUGUGCCAGAAUAUCACGAUACACAAUUACUACGGAAUAAUAGAAUCGCCAAAUUUCCCGUACAAGUACGAGCACAAUCUGAACUGCAGCUGGAUGAUCGACGCCCCCAUAGGUAACAAGAUCAAUCUGACAUUCUCCCAUUUCGACGUCGAGGAUUUGGGCAGGAAUAACAGCUGCGAAUACGAUUAUCUGGAGAUAUCCGAGGGUAUGGAUAGAACACCGUCGAAACGGCUCGCGAAACUGUGCGAUUCAAACGUGCUCCCUGCAAAAAUUCAUUCGUCCCAACACCAAGUGUUCUUGAAGUUCAUCACCGACUCUUUUAUCGCUUUCAACGGGUUUCGGCUCGAGUGGAUGGUCGAUGGUUGCGGUGGACAUCUGACCAGACCCUUCGACACGUUCACAUCGCCCGGAUAUCCGUCUGCGUAUCCGACGAACAUCGAAUGCGAGUGGUUGAUCGAGGUCGAUUACGGGCACAGCAUCGAACUGACUCUUCACGAUAUAAAGAUCGAGAAAAAGGUAAAGUGCUAUUUCGACAAAUUGCAAAUUUACGGGGGCGAGAACGAGCAGGCACCGUUGCUGGUCGAAAUCUGCUAUUCGUCCAAACCUGUAGUGUACACCAGCUUCGGGAACACGAUGUUCGUGAAAUUCCUGUCCGAUAUAAUCUACGUGUCGCGUGGAUUCAACGCCAGUUACAAAACCGUCCCCAUCACUUGCGGUGGAAGAUUUACCAGCGAUUCCGGGAUCGUGCACUCGGCCAAUUAUCCUCAGAAUUAUCCGAACAAGCAAAAUUGCAAGUGGUUGUUCCAAGUCGAUCAAAAUUACGUCGUUAAUAUCACUUUCUUGGACUUCGAUAUCGAGAACACCGAGAAUUGUACCGACGAUUACGUCAGGAUAUACGACGGGCCAACGACUGACUCGCCAAUAUUGGGAACGCAUUGUCGAAAUCAAUUGCCGCCUUCUUACGUAUCGACCAGCAACGAAAUGUUACUAGUGAUGAGGACGGAUUCUUUGAUUUCGGCAAAAGGGUUCAAAGCGCAAUACCGGAAAGCCUGUGGUGCUCGUAUCAUUGUGAAGGAUCAAGGUUACAUAGUUCCAUACGAAAGUUACAUCGGCAAUUCGGAUUACAGCGACAAUUGUACGUGGACAUUGAUCGCCGAGAAUCUAGACGAUCACGUUACCGUGACGUUCACUUAUAUGGAUUAUUCCGAGGAAUUAAAUUAUUUCUCAUUUCUGAGCAACGAUUGCUUCAACUACAUAGAGGUUUUCGAUGGUGUGGACACGACUGGACCGUCUCGAGGCAAAUGGUGCAAUAAAAACGUACCAUUGCCGAUAACUAGCAACGGAAACGCUCUCACUGUGCAUCUGUACAAAUUUCACGAGAACUUCAUACACUUCUCUCUCACAUAUUCCGUGUUAAAUUCAGCAUGCGGCGGAAAUUACACCGCGUAUCACGGAGUAAUCGCGUCGCCAAACUAUCCGAACGCCUAUCCCUUGAACUCGGAGUGCAUCUGGAUCCUGGAGAACUCGCCCGGAAACAAGAUCAGCCUGACUUUCAGCCAGUUCAACCUGCAACAGAGCGAGGAUUGCAAUCUGGAUUACGUGGAGAUUCGAGAGGAGAGCGGGAUCGGGAAAUUGAUCAGCAUCUCCUGCGGGACGAGCGCGGAACCGGUCAAAUCUUCCAAACCGCUCUGGAUCAAGUUCAAGAGCGACGGCGAUGACGUGGCCACGGGAUUCCAGGCUGAAUUCAGCGUGACGGGUGGGGACGAGUUGAGUGGACCCUCGGGCAAGGUCACCUCUCCCUUUUAUCCGAUUCCGUACAAGGGAAGGGACACCCUCUCGUGGAGGAUCACCGUCGAAUUUCAAUGGGCGAUUCGAAUCCAGUUUACCGAUAUAUUUAUCGAGAACAGCGACACUUAUUGUUUCUCCUACAUCAGGGUGUACGACGGUUACGACAGCAAUGCUCCAAUUCUGUUGGAAGUAUGCGAUCUUGACAUCCCGGAUCCCAUCACAUCCUCCACCAACGUGAUCUACAUCGACUUCUCGGUCGAUAUUAUCCGAGAGGGUAGUUGGUUCGAAUUAAAUUGGAUUCAGGUACCGAUCAUCAACGAUGACAACGGCGAGAACAUAUUCAAGAAACUAUCGGAGUGCAACAUGAUAGUAGAAGUGCAGAACUACACCUACGAUUUCACUUCGCCUGGCUGGCCCUACGGUUACGACGCGUUCCUUCGCUGUAACUGGGUUUUCCUCUCUCCACCCGGAACUCACUUGAAACUCAGAAUUUUAGCUAUGGACUUGGAGGAAACGGCCGAAUGCACGGACGACUUCGUCGCUGUUUAUUCCGGCAACGCUCUGACGGACGAAAGCAAUGCUAAUUUGUUGCGGAAAUUGUGCCUGGCGAAUUCCACGUCGGUCGAUGUUGAGGUGGACAACGUGAUGACGGUUAAAUUCGAAACGGAUGGGUAUAGGAAUAACACGGGUUUCAGCGCGUUCGUCUCUAAAGAGUGUGGUGGCAAGAUGAAAGGUCCAAACGGAGUGAUCGAGGUGAAUGAGACUACUUGGCCGAAAAGAUGGUUGAGACGAUUGCAAUACAAGGUGAACUGUGAAUGGGUCGUCAAAGUGAGACCUGGACGGACGAUAGAAGCGGAGAUCGUCACGAUGUCGAUACAAAAAGGACCCAAUUGGACUUGUACUAAUAAUUAUCUAAUGUUGAAGAAUGGCGGUGACUCUUCCUCACCUUUGCUUGGCUCCGGUAAAUAUUGCGGCGACGUAACUCCAAGCAGCCUCAAAACUAUAGGAAAUCUCUUGUACGUGAAGACGGAAGGUUUUCGUGAUAAUAUCAACUUUAAACUAACUUACAGAGAGGUGAGCAUGAAUUGUGGGGGCGAGUUCCAUUUAUCGGACAAACAGAAGGAAUGGGAGAUCAGCACGCCGAAUUAUCCCAACAUUCCUCCCCCGUAUUCCGAGUGCAUAUGGACCGCGAUGGCGCCAGGCAAGGAGAGGAUAUUCAUCCAUUUCGUCGAAAGAUUCGAUCUGAGCAACACCAUUAACUGCGAGAAAGAGUACGUUGAAAUAAGAGAUGGUGGAACGGAGAAAUCCAAUCUGCUCGGAAGAUUUUGCAAAGACGUGGCGCCUAGCAGCAUGAUGAGUACAGGGAAUAUGAUGCGCAUCCACUACUUCUCUGAUUUCUCCGAGCCGAAAAAUGGCUUCAAAGCUCUGUUAUCCAUCAAACAUAUCUGUGGAGGGAUUAUCAGAGACGUUAACGGUAUCAUCUCGUCGCCCAAUUUCCCAUUCUUCUAUCCAAAGAAUCAGACCUGCACUUGGUGGAUAAUUGCCCCUGCCCAUCACACGUUGAAACUCACGUUCCUGGAUAUAAAUCUACCCGGUCUUCGACGUUGCAAGAUCACGGAUCACGUGCAGAUCGACGACGUAUUCAGGAAUUGGAACGACACCAGCGUGCAGAAGACCGAAAUUGGAACUUACUGCGGUAUGACGAUACCCGAUCCCAUCGAAACAGCGACCAACGAAGCUAUUAUAACGUUCCAAAGCGAUAAUUUCGAAUACACGGUGUACAAGGGAUUCAGUAUCAGUUUCAACGCUAGUAACGAAAUAUGCGGGGGCGAGUUAACUGCGAUGCAGGGCACGAUCAAAUCGAAUGGGUAUCCCAAUAUCGCUACACGUUCGAGAUACUGCGAUUGGAGAAUCAAAUUGCCAAGGGGUUAUCACGUGGUCAUCGAUGUACAAGAUUUACCCGAAUAUCAAGAGAAUUCCCCAUUAUAUUAUCUAACGUUUUACAACGAUUUCAACUUCAAGUCUAAAAUCAAGAUAUUAAGACCGAACUCAACCACGAAACGAGUAACCAGUUCUGGUAACACUAUGAUGAUCGGUGCUUACACGUCAUCGGGAUAUCGUGGUUUCAAAUUGCGUUACUUUGCCGAGGCACCAGCUCCCUGCGGUGGAGAGAUAAAUGAAAUGAAGGGUAAUCUGUCAGCUCCGAGAGAGCUACCCUUCAACGAAUCGUCGUAUUUCUGUCAAUGGAUAAUCAAACCACCGGAAAGUUUGUUAAGCAAUAACAAUACAGGUGUGACAUUGUCAAUAAUGGUAACAGGUGUGAUUGGAGGGAUUCGCGGCCUUGCUUUUACCAAGUUUUGCUUCAAUAAUCAGUACAUCUCCUUGAAAGGUAUCGGCAUACUUUGCGGAAAUUUCACGGAGCCAACGUAUCUAAGAAGCCCGGAACUCGUCAACGAAUUGAACAUAGUGAACGGUACGUAUGGAACGUUGAUGCGUUUCAGUUUGGAAUACAAAUGGCAGCCUUGCGGCGGUAUUUUUCACGGAAUGUCGCACGUGAUAAAAGCGCCUAAAAACGUAUCGUAUCCUAUUAAUUGCGUCUGGCACGCGAAAUAUCCGAAUAACGAAAUAAUCAGAUUUCAUUUCAACCAAUUACAUUUGGGCAGUUGUGACAAGAAUUACUUGAGUAUCAGGAAUGGCGGACCUUUUUCACCAGAGAUCGGGAAAUUCUGCGAAAAUUCGCAGUCGUAUAAUUUCACUAGCACGUUUAACGAAAUGUGGAUCGAGUUCAUGGCAAUGGAGGAGCCGACAGAUUUCGAGUUCACCCUGGAACCAGCUAAUAACGGAUGCGGAGGUGCUCUGCGUGGUGAUAGUCGAGAGAUCUCGUCGCCCAACUUCCCCUCGGCGUAUCCCAACAACGCGGAAUGCACUUGGGAAAUAACCGCGGACAAUGGCUACAGCAUCGGCCUAGUGUUCGUUGAUCGUUACCAUUUGGAAAGCAGUACUAAUUGCGAGAAGGAUUACGUGCAGAUAUUCAACUGGAUCAAGGAAACGGGCGAAUCCGUUGGAACGUGGAAGGAUCUCGGAAAGGUGUGCGGUAGACAAACGCCAUUGGCAUUUAAUUCGACGAGCAAUCGCAUGAAAGUAGUUUUCCAUUCGAACGAGGCGAUCCAAGGUGACGGAUUCCGCGCCGUAUGGUUCGAGAAUUGCGGUGGAAUUUUCGACGUCACCACUCAUCCAAAGGUGAUCAUGUCACCUUCCUAUCCGAUUUCGUAUCCGCCAAAUCUCUUUUGCAAUUACACUCUCGUGGCGCCAGGCAAAGACAUUCUGGUCAAAUUUAUGGAUUUCCAGAUCGAGCGUAGUCGUAGGGGUUGUCGUUACGACAACGUGACGAUUAAAUAUCAAGAUGGAUACAUGAACGAGGAAAGUACAUGGUGCGGGGAAGAUAAACCACCCUUGAUAAGAGCGUCAAACGCGAUGGAGAUCAUAUUCAGAAGCGAUAAUUAUCUUGCACGAAGUGGUUUUGAAUUCAAAUAUUUCCUGCAUGAAUGCGGAGGAUUGUUGACAACGCCAGGAGAGAUUAAGCCUUUAAUGAAUGGCAACCAAUACUUCGGAAGAUUAGAUUGUACGUGGAAAAUUCAAGCGCCAUCGGAUAAGAGCGUCGUCCUUCGUUUCGAGAGUUUCGAUAUCGAGUUCAAUUUCAAUUGCAUAUUCGAUAAUCUUCAGAUCUACAAUGGAUCGGAAACAUUGGAGGAAAACAAACUAGCCAUGUUAUGUGGAAACCUUACGGAAAACUUGCCGGUCAUCAAGUCGAAUUCUAAUUCCAUGGUGCUUAAAUUCCACACGGAUGACAGCCGCCAUUCCGUUGGAUUUUCCAUAAAAGUACAAUUCGUGAAGAGCAUCAGCGCGGGUUGCGGUGGCAAUAUUAAUUUAACCUCGAGUCAAUCGUUCAAGACUCAAACAGGUUCGACGUACGACAGCUUCGAGGAUUGUCACUGGAUUGUGUCAGCGACUGAGGGGAAGAACAUCAAGUUCACGAUAAAUAGUAUGGACGUUAAAAACAGUACCAAUCGCACGGGCAACGGAUGCACCGGUGAUUACAUCGAGAUCCGCGAUGGAACCGGACCUUUCAGCGAGCUGCUCGGAAGAUACUGUGGAAACCAACCUCCAUCUCCCAUAUCAUCGAGUUCCAACUCACUUUUGAUACGAUUUUAUAGCGAUGGAACGGUGGAAGGAGCUGGAGUCAGUGGAACGUUGGAAGCAGUAGAUGCACUGUGCACUUAUAUUUCUCCGAUAAUAAACGGCUCGGGGAACGUACUAACUUCACCGAAUUAUCCGAAUAAUUACGAGCCCGGCACAAAAUGUCGUUGGACGAUAAAGUUUGUGCACUAUUUCGAAAGAAUGAGAAUAAAAUUCUUGGACUUCGAUCUAGCUGAUUCUCGCGAAUGCAAAGACGAUUUCCUUCAGAUCACAGAUAAAGAGAAUCGAAAGUACAUCGAGCAAGGACUCGGCCAGGACUUAGUUUGGAGUGGAAAUUCGGGCAAAUCGUAUUAUUCGAAUGAAUUCAUGCCAAGAACCGCGUACAAAUAUUGCGGCAACAGUUUGCCUCACGAUUACUACAGUUACAGCACCGAACUCGACUUAACGUUCAACGGUAUUAAACCUGGGCACAAAGGUUUCAAGUUGGAGUACAGCAAGGCGACCUGCGAUCGGAAUUUCACCGAGUUGCAAGGUCGAAUCGUGCACGAGGGUAUCGAUGACUGUUGGAUCACGAUCACUGCCCCCGAGAAUCACACCAUCUCUCUAUACUUCAAUCAAUUCAUGCUCUACGAUCAAACCGAUUGUACGAAAGCUGGACUAAAUGUGUUCGACGGUGAUUUCCAUGGUAAACUGAUGGCGUCAUUGUGCUCCAUAGAUACGCCAAGUCCUAUUUUCAGUACCGGAAAUAAACUGAGUUUACGUUCUUGGUCCGAGUGGCAUUCUAGCUACGAAUACUACGAUAUCACGUACACCACCACGAACGCAGGUCGUGGAUGUGGCGGCAAAAUAUUUAAUUACGCCGGAUCUUUUACAUCGCCCAUGUACCCCAACGAAUAUAGGAAUAACACGAUCUGUACUUGGGAUAUUAUCGUGCCACGUGGACUGAAAGUCGUUCUAACAUUCACAGUGUUAGACAUUGGCUCGAAGAGCACCUGUAAUUACGAAUACAAUAUUGUUUCAAUCUACGAUGUAACGUCUGAUGGAAUAGAAGACUUUGCCACCAGUUAUUGCGGAGGGGAUGACCCAGCACCGUUCAUCGCCACCAGCAAUCGUUUGAUCGUGAAAUACACUUCAUCCGUGAAUAAUAUCGGAACAGGAUGGAAAGCGAUUUUUGAGAGUCGAAAUAAUUAAGAAUGAAAAGAUUUCUAUUUCUGAGUAAGAUUCUAAG